GUGUGUGCGUGUGUGUUGUGUGUCGGAUAGAAAGUCAGCCUGGUUUCCAGCUGAGUGCUUGCUCUCUCACAGUGUGUGUGUGUGUUGUCAUUAUUAUCCACUCUGCUCCCAGCUCAGAAUGGCCAGAUUCACUCAGACUGAAACAAGAAGGCAGCACCAUCCACAGCAGCCCCAGCCCUCUCACUCCAGCCUGGUUUUCACCGGACCGGGGGCACCACCGACCCAACAACCACUACUACUUAUCCCACAUCAGCACCAGUACCCUCAGAUCACAUUUCCGAAACCCAUGAACGGGUCAGAACCCAUUUCAAUUCAUCCGGAGAGCGGCAACAUGAAAGACCAAGAUGCCAUUAAACUGUUUAUCGGGCAGAUACCGCGGAACUUGGAAGAAAAAGACCUGAAACCCCUGUUUGAACAGUUUGGGAAAAUCCACGAACUGACAGUUCUCAAGGACCGAUACACCGGCAUGCACAAAGGUUGUGCAUUUCUCACCUACUGCGCCCGAGAGUCGGCCAUAAAAGCCCAGAACGCCCUCCACGAACAGAAAACACUGCCAGGGAUGACUCGCCCCAUCCAGGUGAAACCAGCUGACAGCGAGAGCCGUGGAGAAGACAGGAAGUUGUUUGUUGGGAUGCUGAACAAACAACAGACCGAGGAGGAUGUCUACCGCCUCUUCGAGCCUUACGGAGUCAUCGAAGAGUGCACGGUCCUAAGAGGUCCUGACGGAAACAGCAAAGGUUGCGCCUUCGUUAAGUUCUCCACACACACCGAGGCUCAGUCUGCAAUCAGCGCGCUCCACGGCAGCCAGACUAUGCCAGGUGCUUCCUCUAGCUUGGUGGUCAAAUUUGCCGACACAGACAAGGAGCGCACCAUCAGACGUAUGCAGCAGAUGGUUGGGCAGUUUGGCAUCUUUAACCCAGCCAUCGCCCUUCCCUUCAGCACCUACAGCUCUUACGCACAUGCGCUCAUGCAGCAGCAGGCAGCCAUCAUGGCAGCAAGCCACGGAGGUUACCUCACGCCUAGUGUGGCUUUCCCCGCCACACAGAUCCACCAGAUGGGGGCGCUCAACAUCAACAGCCUCCCGCCCACCCCCAUGACCCCGGUGUCGGGUGAGUUUCAUCAAACCCUGGCAGGCCUCAGUUCUCCACCAGCCAACAUCACCACCUCCGCUGUACCCAGCAUCGUCACGCCUAUCGUCAACGGAUUCACCGGCAUCCCUCAUCAGCCCAACGGACACCCUGCCGUGGAGACCGUUUACACCAACGGCCUGCCGCCCUACUCCACCCAGAGCCCCACUGCUGCCGACACCCUCCAGCAAGCCUUCACUGGUGUACAGCAGUACACAGCGAUCUACCCGGCCACUACGCUGACUCCCAUUGGCCAAACGCUGCCCCAACCAGCACAGGUCAUCCAGCAGCAGCAGCAGAGAGAAGGUGAGGGUCCAGAGGGUUGUAACCUGUUCAUCUACCACCUGCCACAGGAGUUUGGAGACAAUGAACUCAUGCAAAUGUUUCUGCCCUUCGGUACCGUCAUCUCCUCUAAGGUCUUCAUGGACAGGGCAACCAACCAGAGCAAGUGCUUUGGUUUUGUGAGCUUCGACAACCCUGCUAGCGCACAGGCAGCUAUUCAAGCCAUGAAUGGCUUUCAGAUUGGGAUGAAGAGGUUGAAAGUCCAGUUAAAGAGACCGAAGGAUGCCAGCCGCCCUUACUGACACAGCCUACCUUCAGUAUUCAUCGCAGCAGCACAGGUUUUAGAGGACACGUGAAGAUAUUAUCUUUGGAGGAGUUCAACUUUUUUUUUCUCUCUCUCUUUGAAAGCAAAAUAUGUUUUAAAAAAAAAUCAACACAUAUGGAAUUUUUGAAGACAUAUCAGCAUUUACUUAUGAAGAUGUAGGUUACGGCAGAAGAGGAAGAUGCGAAGUGAGGAGGCGCUUCACCGGGGGACGUUAACAGUAACAGAUGGCACAGUGCAAGAAAGACGAGAAGAAAAAAAAAAACUGGAAAAAAAGAAGUGAUGAAACUGAACAACAGAACUUUUUCUUGUUGAGACUUGAAUUGUUAAUUAAGCAACAAACUAACAAACGAAAAGCAGCAACAACAAAUAGAUUUCUAUAUACAUAUUAUAUACACACAUAUAUAUAUAUAAGGAAAGAGGCGCUUGUGGCUUUUACUGUACUGGACAAAUGAGGGUUCAAACUUGAAGAUCAAAAAAAAAAACCAGUGGAAAAAAAGAAACUAUUCUAUAUGUCCACUGACAGACUUUCUUUCUCUUUCCCUCUUUCUCUUAUUCUCUCCCCGUCUCUCUCAGUAAGCGCAGAAGUGCAGCCACUGAGGUUUCCAUUAGCAACAAUAGGACUGCAAAUCUUUCACCCCUAAGGGACCAAAGGACCAAACAUUUUUAUUGUUCUGAACAGUAAUAUAUAGUAUUAAUGAUACUAAUACUGCAAACUACUACUAAUAAUAUUACAAGUUAAACUUAAGAAGAAACACUAGCUUCAGGUUGAAAAAAAAAAGAGCAAGGGUUUUUGAUUUUUUUUUU